UGUUCGCGAGUGGGGCCGUUUGCUUAAUGCUUUCUUAAUGCCACAGUGUGACGUUGUGUGUUGAGUCGUGAGGUCGUGACGGAGCGAACGUCCGAUUCGAGUACAUACAGUUGAACAUCGUAGCCCGUCUUCAAACGAUAGACAAUGUCGAAGAAAAGUGCGCUAGAAGUCGAAGCCGCCGGGCAGAAUCCGACUGAAACCACUCCACUAGUCUCUAGAACGGGUGCAGACACGAGCGAUGGGGCGGGCGGUCCGAGCAAGGCGGGCGAGUCGAGCGGCCCAGGGCUCUCCGUGCGACAGACGGCCAUCCUGGUGGCAGGCGAGAUGGCAGGCAGUGGAGUCCUAGCACUUCCACGGGCCCUCGUUAAGACAGGAUGGGUGGGUGUACCGUUGAUAAUCGCGAUGGCGUUGGCAGCUGCUUUUAGCGGGAAGCGGCUUGGCGACUGCUGGACCAUGUUGGAGAACCGCCAUCCAGAACUCAGAACCCGAAACCGACACCCGUAUGCCAUCAUCGCCAACGAGGCUUUGGGGCCCAUCUGGAGUGUGGUGGUAUUCGUGUGCCUUAUGGUCACUCAAUUCGGCAUGUCUGUGGUAUACCUUCUGCUGGCGGCUCAGCUUAUCGAGCAGAUCUUCUUGUCGCUGAUGCCCAACGUCACCAUUUGCAUCUGGUACCUGGUGGUCGGAUGUGGUGUGACGCCGUUCCUGCUAUUCGGAACACCUAAAGAUUUCUCCAAAUUGGGUCUGGUGGCGUUUGUGACGACAGUCUUGGCGUGUCUGUUCUACUUCAUCCAGAUGAUGAACGACGUGAAGCCGUUCGUCUUCCGAUGGGGUAUUCAUGGUUUCACGGACUUCUUCCUCGCCUUUGGAACUAUCAUGUUUGCUUUUGGCGGUGCUUCCACCUUCCCCACCAUCCAGAACGACAUGAACGAUCGCUCCAAGUUUAACACUAGUCUCAAGUAUAGCUUCUCAGCCAUACUGGUGCUGUACCUGGUGAUAGCCAUAUCGGGGUACGCGGUGUACGGUGAGGCAGUGGCGCCCAAUAUAGCAGCGUCGCUCUCUGCCACUGCACUGACCUUAGUGGGCAACGUGCUGAUGACUCUGCACCUGCUGGCUGCUUUCGUCAUCCUCAUCAACCCUGUUUGCCAACAUGUGGAGGAGGUCGUUUACCGUGUGCCAACAGAGUCUGUUGGGUACCGUACUCUGGUGCGUCUCUCAGUGAUGGCCGGCAUCCUGUUCCUGGGUGAGAGUAUUCCUCGUUUCUAUACGAUCCUGGCGCUACUCGGUGGUACUACGCUAGCACUCAUCACCUUCGUAGUGCCCUCCUACUGCUACCUCAAUUUGCUCGCUAAGGAACCGGCCGGCACCCCUGCAGCUGUUGCUUCAUCGAACUGGACCAAACUGUUCUGCUGGCAAGUAAUAGUUGUUGGAGCUGUUGGGGGCGCCUUUGCAGCUUACAGUGCCUUAAGCGCGAUCUUUAGCACCGCACAAGCUGUUCCCUGCUACUUGCGGUAGACGGGUCUUGUGCUAUCGGAUCGCCUAAUAAAUUAAGCAUAGUUAUCGAAGGGUUUAUUGCACCACAAUUUAUAAGUUAGAAUCUUCAAACGGCAAUAUUUGCACACCGGUUUUGUUCUUUGUCGCCAGUCAAUUGUUUUUACAUUGUAUUUGAAUAUUGGAGAAUAUACAACGUAAUAAUUGAGUAUAAAAUUUUAGACUGAUAUAAUUUGACUUCUGUUGCUUUCACGUUUAUAAAAUUUACAAUUAGUGUUUAAUCGUCACUCUAAAGAUUUUUACUGCUAUAUUGAAGUGAGCCUUCGUUUCGUACUAUAAUUUUAUGUAAUUAUAAGCAUUUUUGUAAACGAAUUUAAAAUAAUAAUAUUGUUAAUAAUAAGCUUCUGUUAAAUAUUACUUUAAUGCUAGCUUAUUUAAUUUUCGUAAGGGCAUUAUUAUUAAACUGUCUAUUAAUAUAUCGUGUUUAAGUGUGCAUGCCUUACAGAUAUUAUUUUUAUUUGUGAAUAAAUUUCUACUUGUUUUUGAAUAAAACAAAUAGUAAUUACAAGUAAUAAAAUUUUGGUUUGGU